UCCCUGAGGAACGUUGCCGCUUAGAACGAUUUCCUAUCGCGGCUCUCAGUUUGACUCGAUAGCUGCAGCGACGGCGCGAUGGAGCGGAGAUCUUCGAAACGCGGAAAGCCUAAUCUUCCGUCUUCUCUAGCUAAGCGCAUCCGGCUGCCGCCGGCAGACGGUGGGGCGGUAGAACUGUCGGCCUCAGGCCAACGGGGUUCCUCCUCGUCAUCGCCCUCCGCCGUUAUGGUUACAGGUCUCCCCUCAGACUGCACGGUCCUCGAGCUCAAAUCCCGCUUUGAGAUGUAUGGCCCUAUCUCCCGCACCCGAAUCGAUGAAAAUUGCUUCGGAUAUGUGACCUUCCGCUUUGAUCAGGCUGCCGAGGCUGCGAUUGCCGCCUCCAUCGAUCCCACUUUCGGCAUCGCAAUUAGAACCUCGAAGCUUCAAGUGGUUCGGGCAAGUGAUCCCGUGACACAUUGGAGGAUAGGAGUUAGAUCUUCUUCCACUUCCAAACUUGUGCGAUCAGAAAGACCUCUGAGCAGACUUGGUAGAAGUAAGAAGCAGAUUAUUCCAGGUACAAUAGCGGCUAAGAAUGGGUCAGAAUCGUCCUAUACUGAAAGGGAAAUCAAAGCUUAUGACGAUCUUUUCUAAAAACAAUAUUUUUAUUUGAAAAAAUGAUCAAAAUGGUCUCUUGAUUUUUUAUAAAUGAUCAAAAUGGUCCACAACUAUAUUAAAAGACCAUUUUAAACUCUCAUGUCUUUAAAAGGAACUAAAAUAGUCCCAUGGUGGAAUUAUUUUGAUUCCUCUUUAAGAAGUUGAGGACUAAAAUGAUCUUUUAAUAUAGUUGAUGAUUAUUUUGAUCAUUCAUAACGAGUCAAUGGAUCAAUUUGACCAUUUUCUUAUUUUUAAUUAUAUCUUCCCUUCCUGAUAUUUAAGGCUUAAACAAAAAGGUUUUCAUUUGGCAUCUGCCAAAGAAUUCCCAGUAGUAGUUGACUUGUUACAGUUGGUACCGGGCUUCUUCGGCGUAGAUAACUUUAUAAUAUAAUUACAUGUUUAAAGCUCCCUUUUUCUUUGCCUAUAAAAUUCAAAAGGGAUGUAACCGACUGAGCCUAGCUCUUUUUAUGUUAAUUUCUUUGAGAUGAGCCAGUUAAUAAGUUACAUAAGAGCUAGUUUGCCGUGCCAAUGAUUUUUUAGAUUUUUGGGCUGUUUGGGUAACAGUUAAUGUCAGUAAUUCAGUUACUAUCAUUUGAAAACUAGGAUUUUAGCAAAUCAAACAACCAUUUAUGUAUUCUUCUUGAUAUAUUAACUUCCUGCGUGAUGCUAUGCACCUCCAUUUGUAGCUUGCAAGGAUCUA